UUUUCCUAUGGAGUGAAGUAAUAAAUCUCUGUCGUGAUAAUACUUGUGAUAUAUAGGUGAUUACUGACGAGACGUGGCAUUAAUGAUUCACUGGCAGAGAGGUUUGCAUGCCAUGUGUGAACCGGACGACUCGUGAAUCUUGUUUUUGACCGCUUGGCUGAUCUGUUGGCGGUGGUACUGGUAGCAUUAACGUUAGCAGCACGCUGCCGACAAGGGCAUGAAUUAGUCGGAUAGUUUCUACUAGCUCCCUUUAGGACGUCAAGAUGUCCGCAUGAGGAUUGCAGACCGAUUCUGUUUUGGAAUGUAAACGUUAUGUGAAAGGAGACACAGAAAUAGCUUGUGGAAAGAUGAGUUUGGACCAGGGAGAUUUCUCGCCACUCAAGCACUUUGUGCUGGCCAAGAAGAGGAUAGGUGACGUGUUUGAGCAGCUGCAGUGUUAUGUUCAGGAGACCGCCGAGUUUGUGGAAGACACGUGUAAUAAUGGCUCUCUGGAGCAAAUCUCCAGCCGAGACCAGCUGGAUCAGAUACAGUCAUACACCAGCAAACUCAGCAUCAUCAAGGAGGUGUUGGCCCGCCGACACAUGAAGGUGGCCUUCUUUGGAAGGACGAGUAACGGUAAGAGCACGGUGGUGAACGCCAUGCUGCGGGACCGGGUGUUGCCCAGUGGCAUUGGCCACACCACCAACUGCUUCCUGAGCGUGGAGGGCACCGACGAGGACAAGGCCUACCUCAAGACUGAGGGCUCGGAGGAGGAGAAGAGCAUUAAGACGGUGAACCAGCUGGCCCAUGCGCUGCACAUGGACGAGAGUCUGGACGCCGGUUGCCUGGUGCGCGUCUUCUGGCCCAAGACCAAGUGCGCCCUCCUGAGGGAUGACCUGGUGCUGGUGGAUAGCCCUGGCACUGAUGUCACCACACAGCUGGACAGUUGGAUCGACAAGUUCUGCCUGGACGCCGAUGUGUUUGUGCUGGUGGCCAACUCCGAGUCGACUCUCAUGAACACGGAGAAGCAUUUCUUCCACAAGGUGAAUGAGCGCCUGUCCAAACCCAACAUUUUCAUCCUCAACAACCGCUGGGACGCCUCCGCCUCUGAACCAGAGUACAUGGACGAGGUGCGUAAGCAGCACACAGACAGGUGUGUGAACUUCCUGGUGGAGGAGCUGAAGGUGGUGGAUCGUGAGCAGGCGCCCAACAGGAUCUUCUUCGUGUCGGCCAAGGAGGUGCUGAACUCGCGCAUGCAGAAGGCUCAGGGUAUGCCAGAGACCGGUGGAGCACUUGCUGAGGGCUUCCAGGACCGGCUUAAAGAGUUCCAGUGUUUUGAGAGACGCUUUGAGGAGUGUAUCUCGCAGUCAGCAGUGAAGACUAAGUUUGAGCAGCACACCAUCCGGGCGCGGCAGAUCACCGCCAACGUCAAAGCAGUCAUGGACGCCAUCAAUAUUAACGCCGCUGAGAAGAGAGUGGCGUCCAUGGAGGAUCGUGAGUAUUUGACAGACCGGCUGGAUUUUGUGAAGAACCAGCUGAAUCUGCUCAUAGAGGAGAUCAAGAAGAGAAUCAAGGCCAUCACAGAGGAGGUGGAACAGAAGGUUUCCAACGCCAUGGCUGAAGAGAUCUGUCGCCUGUCGGUAAUUGUUGAGGAGUUCCACUCAGACUUCCAUCCCUCUCCACAUGUACUCAAAAUGUACAAAAACGAGCUGCUAACACACAUUGAGGAGGGCAUGGGGAAGAACCUGGCCUUCCGCUGCACUGAUGCCGUCAACGCCUCCAUGCAGAGCUCACAGAAAGACAUGUUCGACCUGAUGCAGCCGUUGCUGCCCCCUGCUGUCCAGUCCCAGAUCCACAUGCUGGUCCCGUGCCGCAAGUUUGACCUGAGCUACGACCUCAACUGCGCCACGCUCUGCUCCGACUUCCAGGAGGACAUCGAGUUCAAGUUCUCCCUCGGCUGGACCGCGCUGGUCACACGCUUCCUGGGCCCCACGCACGCCAAACACGCACUCAUGCUGGUCGACAAGCAGGUGCAGGUGGCACGUCCUCUGGCCACUACCCCGUCUGCAACGGCACUGGUUCCCCAGCAGGAGGCGUCGACGAGUCAGGAGGAGCUGAUGCUGAGCAUGGUCAACAACCUGGCCUCCGUCACCUCCAGGACCUCUAUGAGCGUCCUAGUGGUGGGGGGAGUGGUGUGGAGAACGAUAGGAUGGCGCCUCAUAGGUCUGUCUAUGAGCCUGUACGGCCUUCUCUUCUUCUACGAGAAGCUCACGUGGACGACCAAAGCGAAGGAGCGCACCCUGAAGAGGCAGUUUGUGGACUACGCCACCGAGAAACUGCAGUUGAUCGUCAGCUUCACCAGUGCCAACUGCAGCCACCAGGUCCAACAGGAGAUGGCCACCACGUUCGCUCGUCUCUGCCAGCAGGUGGAUCUGACCCAGAAGGAGCUGGAGGGGGAGAUCAGCCGCCUCUCAGACAAGAUCCAGCAGCUGGAGACGGUGCAGAACCACUCUAAGACACU